GUUCCACAACAGGUUCUGAGUUGCUUAUAGAAUUAAAUCAUCCAGACGUAAGGGAUACGCGAAAUAUUUCUCAUCAAGAAGGAUUUUGACCAGAGGGACGAAGCAAUGACCGAGGAGCACGACAAGUCAAUAGCGGACGCACCGAGCAGUCCGACAGGUACUUCCAGCUCGGCGUCUCAGGACGAAUCGGAUUCCGACGCGCCCUCUUCGCCGGCUGGAUCGGACAGUCACGGAUUGCUCCACUUGUCUAGAAAAAAAAUGGACGAAGACGAAGAUGACAGGUUUCCGGCGUGUAUACGGGAUGCGGUUUCUCAGGUGCUCAAAGGCUACGACUGGUCACUGGUUCCGAUGCCCGCGAGAGCCAACGGCUCAGUAAAGAGCAAGCCGCACGUGAAGAGGCCAAUGAACGCGUUUAUGGUGUGGGCGCAGGCGGCGCGCAGGAAACUGGCCGAUCAAUACCCUCACCUUCAUAACGCCGAACUCAGCAAAACUCUGGGCAAACUCUGGCGCUUGUUAUCAGAGAAUGAAAAGCGACCCUUUGUAGAGGAGGCUGAAAGACUGAGGGUACAGCACAAGAAGGAUCACCCUGACUAUAAGUACCAGCCGAGGCGUAGGAAGAGUGUGAAGCCAGGACAAAGUGACUCCGACUCUGGUGCAGAGCUAAGCAAUCACGUGUACAAAGCCGAGCCAGGCAUGGGUGGUUUGACAGGAUUAGCUGAUCAUCAUCACACAGACCAUCCAGGUCAUGCACAUGAGCCACCAACACCACCAACAACCCCUAAAAUUGAUCACCACCAUGGUCAUGGUGGAAAGCAAGACUUGAAGAAUGAAGGCCGGCGGCUCCUGGACUCUGGGCGUCAGAACAUUGACUUCAGCAAUGUAGACAUAUCUGAGCUCAGUACAGAUGUCAUGAGCAACAUGGAGGCUUUUGAUGUGCGUGAGUUUGAUCAGUACCUUCCUGUCAAUGGGCACUCAAUAUCAUCCUCCAUGGUUUCAGAAACCAACCAUGGUGUUUAUGCUGCUUCGUACAGCCACUCCGGGGCCGGCGGGGCUUCCUGGAACCGCAAAGCAGCCCUCUCUUCCUCUUCCACCUCUUCUUCCUCUGGAUCUAGUGAAAUGGGUCAGCACAGACCACACAUAAAAACAGAGCAGCUAAGCCCAAGUCACUAUAGUGAGCCCUCUCACAGCUCACCUUCUCACUCAGACUAUGGCUCCUAUGGUGCUCAAAGCUGCACUACGUCAACUGCUACUUUCCCAAGCUCUCCAUGCGACUAUACAGACCUGCAGAGCCCUAGCUACUACAGCCCUUAUUCCAGCUAUGCCUCCAGCAUUUACCAGUACCCCUAUUUCCACUCGUCUAGGAGACCCUAUGGAGGUACUAUUCUCAAUAGCCUGUCUAUUCCACCUUCCCACAGCCCUACUGCAAACUGGGACCAGCCAAUUUAUACCAGUCUCUCCAGGCCUUGAAAAGGUAAAGUUGUGUACUGUAAAAGCACUUCUGAAGGAAUAGCAGUAGCCAUGACAUGAAGGAGUUCAUUUGCUUAUGUAAGGGUAGAUAAAAAAAAAAGUGCCUGCUGAAUUUGCCCACCCCAGUACACUCUUAUCCAUGGAUGGUGUAUAGCCUGAUAGCCCUAGUACAACAAGCAAAAUCCUCUGUGAGGACCACCUGUCACUGUUUCUCUCCAUUUCCACGUAUAUAGGCUUAUUCUUGGAUUUGUAUUUUUUUAAAUGACUGAGUAUAUGUCACUGAUUUGUAAAGGAGAGAAGCUCCAAAUCCGAAUAUGCCAAAUCCGAUUGAGAAGCAGAUGGAGAAAACAAAUACACAUAUGCACUGGGAUCAAUUGUUUAAAAAUUUUACUCCACCAGAAAGAAUGAACUAUUAACUUUUUAUCUAUAGACCUUGUAAUUCAAACAUUUUUUUUUUUUUGCCUUUUUGGCUAGAGAAUUUCCAUAUCUAUUUAUGUUAUUCUUUGUGUAUAAGUUCUACAUUUGUAUGAAUCCUUUCAAAGUUCGUGGGAGAUUGGGAUAAUAAAAUAUUGACUUUUGUGCUCUUAUACAAUCAUUUGUAUUAUUGUAGCAUAUAGCAUACACACGCGCACACAUGCAAGCACACACAUAAAUACACACACGCAUACACGCACAAACACACUUCCAUUCCAUGUGAUUUAAAUAAAGCAAAAGUGGCUAAUAUAUUACUAAGUUGGUAUAUUACUAAGCAACAUGCACCUGUGGUAAUUGAGUUAGGCAUGUAAUUAACCCUAUGCAGUUUGUAGUCUUGAUUAAAAUUAUAUGAUAAAUUUAAGAGCAAAAAUGGUGACAUUUUAUUUUCAUGGGUAAUGAAAUCAUGCGUGCACACCAGAAAUGCGCAGCUCUUUAUAUAAAAUAUUUUGACAUUAAGAACACUACAGAACAGCUAUAAAAAAUCAUUUUGUGAUUAUAUUGAUUGAAUUUCCUUUUGUUGAAUCUUCUGUUGAUUAACAUGGUUAUCUCUGUUAUUUUAUUCUCUGUCACAUUAUAUGAAAUGUUUGCUAGUUUCAUAGUGACAUUUAAGACUCAUAUCAUUAUUAUUACUAAAUAUGUUCUAUUCUGGCAGUAAAAAAUUAAACAGUGUUCUU